AUGGAAAGCGCAUCAGAGCUCGUUGAAUUUCCAUUGUUGUUAACACCAAUUCAUUCUCAUUACAGGGCUUGCACUAUUCCUUAUAGAUUCCCUUCCGAUAAUCCUCGAAAACCUACUCCCAACGAAAUUUCUUGGAUUAAUCUCUUUCUUAACUCAAUACCCUCUUUCAAGAAGCGUGCAGAGAGCGAUACUUCUGUUCCCGAUGCUGCAAAUAAAGCUGAAAAAUUUGCUCAAAGGUAUGCUGAUAUACUUGAAGAUUUCAAGAAAGAUCCCGAAAGUCACGGCGGACCACCUGAUUGCAUUCUUCUAUGCAGACUCCGUGAGCUAAUACUCCGAGAAUUGGGAUUCAGUGAUAUCUUCAAAAAGGUCAAGGAUGAGGAAAAUGCAAAAGCCAUCUCCUUGUUUGAGAAGGUUCUUCAUGUUAAUGACGCCAUUGAAGAUGAAGGCAAGCGAAUUGAGCAUCUAGUUAGGGGAAUUUUUGCAGGAAACAUAUUUGAUCUUGGCUCGGCGCAGCUCGCAGAGGUUUUCUCUAAGGAUGGAAUGUCCUUUUUGGCAAGUUGUCAAAAUCUUGUACCUCGACCUUGGGUUAUUGACGAUCUUGAUGCUUUCAAACUGAAAUGGAGCAAAAAGUCAUGGAAGAAGGUUAUUAUAUUUGUCGAUAACUCUGGUGCUGAUAUUAUUUUGGGCAUUUUACCAUUUGCAAGGGAGCUUCUUCGGCGUGGGAGUCAGGUUGUAUUGGCUGCAAAUGACUUACCUUCCAUCAAUGAUGUGACAUAUCCUGAGCUAGUUGAUAUUAUAUCAAAGUUGAAAGAUGAAAAAGGAAACCUUGUCGGUGUCAGUUCAUCAAACCUUUUAAUUGCCAACUCUGGCAAUGAUUUACCGGUUAUUGAUCUUACAAGAGUGUCGCAAGAGCUUGCUUACCUUGCUAGCGAUGCAGAUCUUGUCAUCUUAGAAGGGAUGGGCCGAGGAAUCGAAACAAAUCUGUAUGCUCAAUUUAAAUGUGAUUCCCUUAAGAUUGGAAUGGUAAAACAUCCGGAGGUUGCACAAUUUCUCGGGGGUCGCCUAUACGACUGCGUAUUCAAAUACAAUGAAGUUUCGAUUUGA